CUUUCGACAAUUCAUUUCACUUUCGCUCUCGUUGCAAGUCGGAGCAUUUUUGUUUUGUUUCGCGUGUGCGCGCUUCAACGUGGUGUAUCUCGUUUCACAGCCUAAGAAAUGGGUUUCUUGGUUAAUCGCAGUCGGAUACUGGAUUUACGGUGGUCAUUAGCGCUAUCCUUGGUCGUGUGGGCCACUUUGGUGCGAGGGGAUGGAUUUAAGCUGCCAGAUCAGACGGAUACUGCCGUAGGCAAGUCGGUGGUCGAUGGUCCAGCCUUGCUGCCGGCCACCGGUGAGGGUCGUCGCCAGGGAAAACAUCUGCUGGACUUUAUCGGACUUGGAACCGGUGGCAACGUGGAUCCCUACCUAGCACGAACCAACGCUCAGUGUCUGAAUGGAGAACUGGCCGAUUGUUUCAAAUCACAGGCUCUGAACACGUUUACCGAAUUUUUCUCGAAGGAUGUGUACCAACUAACAUCCGACGCCCGAAUUACGCGAAUGCCGGAAUCUCAACUCCGCUCCCUCCAUCAAGAUCCCUUCGAAUACUCGGAAGAACCUCGCCAGCUGGACUCUGAGUGGGACCAGCUGUACAAGUUCGCUCUCCGUCAGCUGGAGCGGUUUGUCAAAUCCACAGGCCUUGAUUUCCAAAUUCCCGACGAAGUCACCGAAGGUGGUCGCUACCAGGCCCGCUUCAUUGACGAAAUCUCCGACGAAAUUGACGUCAUCGAAGACAAGAAAGCUCCACUGUUCACCCGCCAUCGACUGAAGAAGAUCUUCAUCCCCCUGCUCGUCAUUCUGAAAAUCUUCAAGCUUAAGUUGCUGCUAUUCCUGCCACUGAUCCUCGGCCUCGUCAGCUUUAAGAAACUGCUUGGAUUCGCUGCUAUCAUCAUCCCCGGUGUCAUCGGGUACCUCAAACUGUUCCGAGCGAACCAGAGCUGCUGCUCAAAUGACAUGUUCUCCAACAACUAUCAACCGCAAUACUCUCCGCAGGGGCUCGGAUCCGUCAGCUAUAAUCCGUUCAAACCCUACCAGAACCAGUAUUCUCGACCGGAACCCGGCUUUGCCGCUCCAUACGGAAACUAUUACCGAGACAGCCAUGAGCUGAAAGGAGGUGGAGUCAAAUUCGGAGACGAGCAAGCCUACCAGGGAUACUCCGAGUACCGAAGCAGCGAUAAGGACGUCAAGGCGGAAAAUUAACCAGUGAAACUGUAGAUUGUUUCUUUUGUAUAAAAUAAUUUAAUUCUAUGUGCUGAGGACGAGUGACAGGACAAGCGAAAGCAAAAGUAUAUGCGUUAACUUUCUGUCUGUGUGAGUGUGUUUGCGUGUGAUGUUGACCAACAACACCACGGAUAUCAAUUUACCAGUGAUAACAAGUGUAAAUAUUUAUGAUAGAAAUUAAUUAAAAUUCUGACCACAGAAAUCAUUUGAA